CGUUACAUCACGCACACACGCGCACCAAAGCCCAACACCCGACACCACCACAGCGCGCACACGCACCGAGCCGCGUACUGCAUUGCACAAGCAGCGGGGAGAUCGAUGGGGACUAGCGGGGGCAGCAGCGAGCACUUCCUACGGCAGCUGAGCUCGAGCGACGGUGGCAGCGCGACGCACCAGCUCCAGGAGUGGGAGGACUGCGGCGGCGGCGGCGGCAGGCGGGGGUCGCGCCGGUGGUCCAAGAAGAAGGCGAGGACACGUGGCCACCGCCGCGGCGGCGGGUUCUGCAGGACGGAGGAGGUCGCGGCCGGGCGGAAGCGUGUGAUGGUGGUUGUGGACCAGAGCUCCGGUACCAAGCACGCCAUGAUGUGGGCGCUCACCCACGUCGCCAACAAGGGCGACUUCCUCACCCUGCUCCACGUCCUGCCGCCGAGCGGAAGCCGCGGAGGAGAGGACGCCUCCGCGCUCGCCAACUCGCUCGGCUCGCUCUGCAAGGCCUGCAAGCCUGAGGUGGAGGUGGAAGCGCUUGUGAUCCAGGGGCCCAAGCUGUCCACCGUCCUCAGCCAGGUGAAGAAGCUGGAGGCGUCCGUGCUGGUGCUCAGCCAACGCAAGCCGUCGCCUUUCUGCUGCUUCAUGCGGAGCAGCGGCGAGGAGUUGGUGGAGGAGUGCGUCAACCGGGCGGACUGCCUGACGCUGGCGGUGCGGCGGCAGAGCAAGGGCGUCGGCGGCUACCUCAUCAGCACCCGGUGGCAGAAGAACUUCUGGCUCCUCGCUUGACGCUGACAGGCCUCCUGGGAUCGAAACUUUACUGCCAAGGCUUAGCUUUUACAAGAUCAAUAAGUAACUGUAUCAAUAACCUCCACUGCCCGUAGUGUGUGCCGUGUGCGUGUGCCUGAUCUCUAUGUGUGUGUGAAGCUGUGAUAUGCUGCUGUAUUCUAUCCUCUUGGUUAGCUUUAGCCCUCGGCUCCUCACUUUGCUGUUGUAAAGCCAAAAGCUGACCCGGCCGCUCCGUGUAGCUUGUCUGCUCUCUGGCUGUCUGCUUGUUCGUAGAGCAGGAGUGCAGGACGGACGUUGCAUAAACUACAAUUUGUAUUUGUGCGAUGUGUUUGUUUGCUUGCUAAGUACCAUAUAACCUGAGGUGUUUGACGAA